UGUUUUUCUUUUUGCUGAGGUUGCCCUAACACGUCUCAAUUUUAACGUGUUUCUGUUCCAGUAGUAAAACAAGUUUUUGCUCCCAUUCGCGUUCACAUGCAAAGGUAUCCACGGCAAUGCAUCAAAUAGGGAAAGAGUACCUACAUGGCUGAAGCAACUACGAUAGCCUUGUAGAAUUCAAUCACAUCUUCGAACAGAAAAAUCAACAACCAUAUAGCAUGCAAUCACUUUUCAAACCAGAAGACAAAACCGAGAGAUACUUUCAGCACCGUUAUGAAACCACUUGCCCCUAGAAGAUUUAGCAGUACCAGUGGCUCUGAUGCGCCUCGACAAGAACAGAUGCCUCGCAACGAUGCAAUCGAUGUCGGUGAAAAUAUUGAGCGUCUUGGCCAUACCGCUCGUAGUGAUAGUGAUAGCUCAGUUACAAAUACCAGUGGCGUCGCAAGUUUGUUGCCGACUCCCUCAAAAAAUCCAAGACUUGAAUCGGGCAUUCUCACGAAACGCAAGGCGGCAACGAGUAUCGACAACGCUGGCAUGUAUCCUUGCUCCAACCCAAGGGGGUUACUCUUAUUGAGCUUCCCUCUGAAACUUCAUUUGCUGCUCCAGAGAUGUGAAUCAGAGAGGAUUAUUCGAAUAAACAACAAAAAGCGACGGAUGGGCGAUAGACGCGGCGGCCGAAGCCAUGGUGCUUGCUCUGGGGUGAUCGUUGAUGCGGGCAAGACAACCGAUGACGAUAUCGUUGUCGGUUGGUUGCCCACCGGAGGCUUCAAGAUCUACGACCAGGAACGCUUCGUCCGAGAAAUAAUGCCAUCUUAUUUUUUCGAAGUCGGAAAAAACAAAGCCUCCUUUGAAACCUUCAAACGGAAUCUCGAACUAUGGUACGUACCGGCACCAUGCCCGAACGAAUUGAGUAUGCAAUGGCAGAAUUUGGAUUCGAUUUUCAGAUCCUCGUCAUGCCUGAUUUUGGUGUUCGUGCUUAUUUGCUCACAUCGUCUGCCUCACUCUCUACAUGAUGUGAUACACACCAUAUUCGUUGUUAUUCACUCCAAAACAAAAUGAUUGCUUGCAGGGGUUUCUCUCGCGUUCCGUUUGUUGAGGGCCCAACGACUCGGACCGUACAUAUUUGUUCUCAUCCUCAUUUCUUAAAAGGGCGUCCAAGCGCUUGUAGAAACAUGAAAUUUCGUAUCGAACCAUGAUGUGGUCUAUUGCAUUCCCUCCCGACUGGAAAUGUUCUGAGGAACGCGAAGUGGUAUUCGGUGGAUAAUUCCCUCUGGAGAGGAAAUAAAUAAUUGAUAGAUAAGAAAUAGAUUUACUUUGU